AGUAGUACUUAGAGAAGAAUCUGACGUGGGUAAGGAAGUCGGGCUGGUUUCCCGGCGUUUUCGGUCCCGUCGCUCCCCGGUUUCCCCCCUUUCCCCCCGGGUCAGGGCCCGGCGCCCCCGAUCCCGCCAUGCUCGACUUUUUCACCAUCUUCAGCAAGGGGGGGCUCGUCCUCUGGUGCUUCCAAGGCGUGCGCGGCCCCGCGGCGGCCUGCACGGCGCCCGUGAACGCUCUGAUCCGGUCUGUCCUCCUCCAGGAGCGAGGUGGCAGCAACUCUUUCAACCAUGAAGCCCUUACACUUAAAUAUAAGCUGGACAAUCAAUUUGAGCUUGUAUUUGUGGUUGGAUUUCAGAAAAUCUUGACUUUAACCUAUGUGGAUAAGUUGAUAGAUGAUGUCCAUAAGGAGUUUAGAGAUAAAUAUCGAAACGAGUUUCAACAGAAGGGAACUCUUGGGAUCCUUAAUGGCACUUUUGAUUUUAAGGAGGACUUUUUACGUCUCCAACGGGAAGCAGAGGAGAGCAGUAAAAUCCGAGCUCCCACUGCUAUGAAGACUUUUGAACAAUCAGCAAAGUCCCAAAAAACAGUGAAGUCUAUGAUAGAAACUCGGGGAGAGAAACCAAAAGAAAAAACUAAGAAUAAGAAAAACAAAAGCUCCAAAAAAGAAGCUCAAGGAAAUGAAAUGGCUGCAGCUCCCAAAACCACUCCUGCAGUUAAGCUGGACCCUCCUCUUAUAACUAGGGAAAAGGAAGAACUGAGUAAGGAUGAAAUUCUGAAGAAGAACCGGGAAGAAUUCUUCAAGAAACGGCUGAAGGGUGGAGAGAAAUCCAACAAGUCUCCAAAGCCGGAUGCUCAGAAGGACAAGGGGAAGAAGCCCCGUGUGUGGGAUACAGGGAACUCUAAUGCCAAAGUACUUGAUUAUAGUAACUCCACUACUAAUGGGAACACAGAGGCUUGUCCCAUGGAGAAUUAUGAUGCGGAAAUGCUGUUGGUAGAUGGAAGUCGUGAGCCUGGCCGUCUUCUUGAUCUCGAGUAUGAUAGUGAAGAGGAUCCUGGAGAAGAGGACAAAGUGGUUCCAAACUCUUCAAACACAAGCAAGAAGAAAAGUGGUCUUGGAGGCAUGUUUGGAAUGCUGAAAGGUCUUGUGGGUUCUAAAAGCUUGUCAAGAGAGGAUAUGGAGCCUGUGCUGGAGAAGAUGAAAGAUCAUUUGAUUGCGAAGAAUGUCGCUGCGGAGAUUGCAGUUCAGUUGUGUGAAUCUGUUGCCAAGAAACUGGAAGGCAAAGUGAUGGGUACCUUCACCACGGUGACCUCAACUGUGAAGCAAGCUCUUCAAGAAUCUCUGGUGCAGAUCCUCCAGCCUCAGCGCCGGGUGGACGUCUUGCGUGAUGUGAUGGAUGCCAAGGUUCACCGACGACCUUACGUUAUCACUUUUUGUGGCGUCAAUGGAGUUGGGAAGUCAACCAACUUGGCCAAGAUUUCUUUCUGGCUGAUUGAAAACGGGUAUAGUGUCCUCAUUGCUGCCUGUGAUACCUUCCGUGCCGGAGCUGUGGAACAACUACGUACUCAUACUCGCCGCCUGAAUACUCUGCAUCCACCAGAAAGCCACAACGGCCGCACCAUGGUGCAGCUUUAUGAGAAGGGAUACGGGAAGGAUGCAGCCGGCAUUGCCAUGGAGGCCAUUUUAUAUGCCUGCAACCAAGGUUUCAAUGUGGUUUUGGUGGACACAGCAGGCCGGAUGCAAGACAACGCUCCCUUGAUGACAGCCCUGGCUAAGCUUAUUGCGGUUAACACCCCAGAUCUUGUUCUGUUCGUGGGUGAAGCUCUGGUGGGAAACGAGGCUGUGGAUCAGCUGGUCAAAUUUAACAAAGCUCUUGCGGAUUACUCCAUAGCUCAAUCCCCACGUCUCAUUGAUGGAAUUGUUCUCACCAAGUUUGAUACCAUUGAUGACAAGGUUGGUGCUGCAAUCUCCAUGACAUACAUCACUAGCAAACCGAUUGUCUUUGUGGGAACUGGACAGACUUACUGUGACCUACGUAGCCUUAAUGCCAAGGCUGUAGUUGCUGCUCUUAUGAAGGCCUAAGCAUCCAUCAUUGCACCAAAAUCCUGUUUGCCGAUGUCUUUGGAAUGUGCUUUCCAAUGUGACUUUUCCUGGAAUCUUGCCCCACCCCACACCCCAUCCCUUCAUCCUUUGCUUUCUUUUGUCUUUGUCUGUUUGUUUGGUUUUUUUUUUUUGGCAUAGUGCAACAGAGCAUAGAGGAGCGCUAGGUAAAAACAAAUAAAGCCACUGUCCUCAUUUCAUUAUAUAUUGCACAGUUUCCUCCCUGCAGUGCAUGGGAUUUUAGAGAAAGCUACCUGUCUUCAGUUGUAUUCCACUUAUUUAAAAUGACUUUGUCCUGCUCUAAAGUUCUUUGAGAGAAGUCUUUCUCAAAACACCUCCUCUAGAAUACCUCUUUGCUCCAUACUCGCUCAUCCAGUAAGCCUUCUUUCCAGCCUUUCUUUCUUUCUUUCGUUCCUUCUCUUUCUUUUCCUUUUUCCUCCCUCCAUUCCUCUGUCGUUUUCUCUAGCUCAUCCUGGGUUAGUGGUGUCACAAGAAUGGAGGAAGAGAGUUGUGCUCCAGUCCUUGGGCUUGGCUGACAUACCUCAGAUUCAGCCUUGGGCCUAAGCAGUCACUCUGGAGGAGAUUUCUGGGGAUGAGAAACCGAAGGGAUGACGCCGGAACAAAUGACUGUUUCCUAGCCUUUAAAUCAGCUGUCCCUGAUUAUUAUGUGGAGCAGAGAUAGAGUCUGCUAAGGCUGUAGGCUUCGUAAGCUGGCUUUGAUCACAAUUCCCCAACUGCAGAGCAAAAGAAUCACAACCGAGUGUAAGGGUAAAUCUGUUCUCAGAGGAGGAAGUAUGAAUGAAUGUGGGGGCUGCCGAUUCCUUCACAAAGUCUUCUUGUCAACUCCUUAUGCAUUAAGCGUGUCUGAAUUGUCUGAUGACCCUGCGUGUUAUCUUUGCACACGAUCUUCAAUCCACACCAGAGAAGCAGAUGGUUGUGUGCCUGACGGUUCUCUAAGGACACUUUCUGUAUCUGGUCCCUUCUCCGGCCAACAGGGUCCUUCCCCUAAAGGGAAAAACAAGUCUUUGUAUGGAUUUUAAUUUUGGCAGGUGAGCUGGUUUCAGGAGAGGGUUUAAUGAUUUCUCUCUCCCCGUCAAGGGGGAGGGAUACACAUCCAGCCAGCAGGAGCCACUGCAUGCUAUCCUAUCUGCAGCUGGCUUUUGUUUUCCAAACCAACAGUCUGCUUCUUUCUCCCCUUCCUUCACCAGGGAUGCUCCUGGUGGCUGCCUGCUGCAUUCCUCCCUUUUCCUCUCCUUUCAGAGUGCCUCUUGAUCCUCAUAUAAAGUGCUAUGUUGAAUAACACCAAUGUCUCUACAAAGACGCCUUGGUAGCUCAGCAUUGCAGAUGUGCCCUAGUGCAAUAAGUUGAAUGCUGCCUGCUGAAAAUUUAUAUAAUAAAAUUUCUAAAACCUU